AUGAUAAGGAUCCUGACUACUUCCUGUUGACAAAAGAGGAUUUCGAUUAUCUAAAACGUAUUUCUCCUAAAUACACGUUAGCAUUAAGGUUACAUCAUACACAUUCAUAACAAACCAACGCUUACUACGAAAUUAUUGUCAUGUCAAUGAACUAUAGAAGUUGAAAGAUAUUUGUUUCGAUUAUACUGACAUUUUUGUCCAAAGGAAUUUUAUACAAAUCUAUAUUUUGUUAUUAUUUUGUGGAAUUCAUUGAUUGACAAUGGACUUUGCCGAACUUCCAGUGACUCUGGUCAUCAAAGCACCUAACCAACGAGUUGGUGACCACACAGUUGAAUGCAUGCUUGGUUGGACAGUUAAAAAACUUAAAGCACAUUUGGAAGAAGUUUAUCCAAGCAAACCAAAAGAAACUCACCAGAAACUUAUCUACUCUGGAAAGUUAUUACAAGACCAUUUGUUGCUGAAAGAUGUAAUCAGACAGGAUAACACACAGACACACCACACAGUUCAUCUUGUGUGCAAUCAUGAAUCUCAAGAAAGGAUUACCCCCCAGUCUGUGUCGACAGCAUCACCAACAGUAAACACCAUGCCAAAUACAGAUGGAUUACGGUACAGAAAUAAUACACCAAGCGUUCAACAAAACAACUAUUAUGGAGCUGUACCCAGCACAAGUCAACCCCAGCCUCAGCCCCAGAUGAUGUCACAGGCUGGUAUGACACAGGAACAGUACAUGAUGAUGAUGCAGACGUACUAUAACCAGAUGGCAGCACAGUACAUGCAAUACUAUCAGACUGGGGCAUUUCCCGAUAUGGCCAACAUUCAGAUAGCUGCCCAAGAUAUCACACCACAAAACCCCCAUGAACAAGUUCAACCAAACAAUGGUCAAAAUCAACAAGAUGACAACCAAAAUGUUAUCCUUGAUGCUCGUGGACGUGUAGUGGAAAAUGUAGAUAAUGAUGAUGAGUUCGGACAACACGAUUGGUUGGAUUAUAUUUACACAUUCAGUCGAUUUAUGGUUCUCAUCAGUAUCGUGUAUUUCUACUCUAACUUCACCAGAUUUGCUGUAGUUGCAUUGUUUUUCUUCAUUGUAUAUUUGUAUCAGACAGGAUUUUUCAGAGUAAGGAGAAGGCAGCCAGUACGUCAACCACAAGAACCAGCACAACAGCAACCUGAGAAUGUACAACCUGAUGUACAACAGAAUGAUAAUACUGAACAUCCAGAACCUACAGAGGAAAGUACCCCACAAGAACCACCCAAACCUAGUGUGAUAUCUAUUGCAUGGUCUUUCUUCUCAACCUUCUUUACAUCCUUGAUCCCAUCACCGCCACCAGCUGUGAAUGCCAACUGAACGGUACAACACAAUUAUCGAGAACAAACACAGACAAUUCCGGAAAAAUGGAUAUUUUGUGUGGGAAUCUUGUGUAUAAACAAACUACAUUUUCUGAUUCUGAACAGUUGAACUGGUCAUGUGUAGCAGAGAUUUUCAAGAAAAACAGCAGAAAUAUACAGAUGGGCUUAUAUAAUGUAUAUUUUAGUAAUAUUCAGAAACAAUAAUUUGUAGUACGACUUCGAAAGAAAGUGGUAACAAAUAAAGACUAUUCUUCAUUUUGAAGAUUUUUUUUUUAUAUAAUAAUUAGAUUUUCAUGAUUGUAAAAGAAUAUUUUUGAAAUUAGAUUAGAAUGAUUAGCUCAUUGCACAUUUUCUAUUGCAGUUUAAUUAUAAUGUGUUAUAAAUAUGAUCAGCUGUACAAUGUACACUUAAAAGAACUUUUAUCUGUCUUAUAAAAAAACCUAUGAAAUCCAAGGGACUGGAGCAUGUAUUAUAAUCAGAGUAUUUCUUCUUUGAAAUCCAUUUUUUGAAACAAUGAUAUUUUUUUCACCUCAUUUAUGAUCAGCCAAGCUGUAUAAAAUAUAAGUAUUACUUGCUGUGUUUAUGGGUUGUAUUUUGAUAAUAAUAUUUAGUUAUACACACAUUUUUUUAUCAUUCAUAAAAAAGUAACAAACAAUUACUUAUGUGUGUUGAAAGCAGCUCUUCUUUGAUUUGUAAUCAGUUCUAUAUCUUCAAAAAAAUUAUUAGAAUUCGAAAGAUAUUUUCAAAAUUUAAAAUUGUGAAAUUUACUUUUAGAAUUUAUCGCUUUUCCUGCAUGAAAUUGGACCUGUAUUGAUGUAAAGGUUUUUCUACUUUGGGUUGUUUGAUUAAAUCAUAAAUAGAACUCAGUGAAGGCACGUUAGUAUAUAACCAUAUAUAGAGUCAAUUUAAUAAUUGAACUUACAUUUUAACUUCAAUAUACACUUGAGUAAUUGACACCCUAACAUGGGGGAGAUUUGUAAGCGACUUCCUUGGGUCCUAUUUAUGGUUUUAUAGAACACCGUUAUACGAAAAGGGCAUUGUGUUACAAAUUUUUAUAAAAUUAAUUGUGAUAAUCUGCAUAUUGAUCAUGCUAAUUUACCCAUGUUUUUUUCAUAUAUAUUUUAUUACAAUUAUUUCGUUAAUAUUUUUUUGUUAUGAUUUUUUUUCUGUUAAUAACCUAAUUUGAGAUUAAUUAUUUUUUAGAUACUAAUUCUGUGAUUUGGCUGUAUAUGUCUCUGUACCAUUGUACUUUGGUUUAUGAGAAUAAAGAUAUAUAUAUGUGAUUUGGCUGUUGAAACUUUUUUUACUUCAUUUUUAGGAAACAGUAUUUUUAUAUUCUAUGGGAAAUAAAAGUUUUAGAUUUAUUUUUUUUUAUUCUGAAAUUUUUCUUCUUUAUAUUGACAAUGGUAAAUAACAAAAAAUUGUAAAAAUAUUAUUUAAUUUCUGAAAUUUUCCAUAUUUAUUAAAUUUUUAUCAAACUAAAAUAUGACUUCAUGAUAUUAUUUUGUUACUUACAUAUUGCAUUCAAUUGUCAUUAUGAAAAUUAGAAGUUACAUUUAAGUUCAAUCAUCAUUUUUAUCAUUUAGUUAUAAUUUUAGAUAGAAUAUCAAUAGAUUCACAAUGAAAAAUAAAAAGUUACUUUAACGUAUACAUGUAUCAAACAUGUAAAUGUUGAUUGUAUAUCAUCCUAAAUUUCAUGUAAGAGUGAUCGUGAUAAUUAUUUGACCUCAUUUGCAAAUAUUUGUUUUGAAAGAAUGUUUAGUAAUGGCCCUUCUAUAUUAAUUGCCAGUCUUUGAAAGUUAGAAUAUAUUAGUUAAUUUAGACAAAACACAUAAAUUUGGUAACUUAAUUUACACUGAAAAAUAAAAUUAAGAAAAUGUUCAAAUAUUAGCCAAAAACAGUGAUAUCAAGACAUCUGCAUAAGUCAAUGAGUAUAGCAUUCAUAUAUCUGCAACUAUUUUCCCCAAACAUCUUAUGAUACAAAAUGUUUGUAAGUAAUAUUCAUAAAUGUAGGGGAUGUCUAUAUGAAUAUUCAUCAUUUCUUCAUGCUUUAAUGUUAUGUAUUUUGUUAUUUUUUUGUUAUAUCUGUUGCUUGUUGAUAUAUUUGUUAUGUACAUAUGUAUAAAAGAAUAUAACUGCCAAAAAAAAAAUGGAUAGUAAUGAAAUCCAAUAUUUGUAUGCUCAGUAUGCGAAAAUUUGAUAAUAAGCUUAAAUUUGGCACAGUGCUAUGCAAAUUACAUAAUUUAAAUAUAGUGCAUAUUUGCAUAUUUUAGAUACUUUGUACUUUUUCAUUAAGUUACUGUAAUUAUGUUAUAAAAUUAAUUAAUUUAAACAAAAAUACAAUGCAAAUAAAGUUUAUGUUUUUGAAAACUUCAUGGUUAUCAAAAGCUUUCAGAAAAGGUAAUUAUAAAUACAUAGUUUGAAGAAAAAAGUUUAAAUUAUGUAUAAUUUUAUUCAUGAUUUUUGAAAACUACAGUUAUUCUUAUUCGACACAGAACUAAGAAUAAUGAUAUUUUUUUGUAUGUAUAUUUUAGAGAUAAAACUAAUUUAUUGAAAAGAAUUAAUCUGAGCAUUUGAAAGUGAUAUGUAGAUAAAUGUAUAUAAGAUGUAAAUAAACAUUUAUAGAUUAAUAUAUAUGUAAAUACAGUUGAAUCUUGUCAGAAACUUUUUCUAGUACUAAAUAAAGAAGAAACUUAAGUCUUAAUUUUCAUUUUAAAAUUUUUAUCAAGAUAUCAUUCCUAUAUUUGAGAACCAAAAAAGGAUAAAAUGCCCUUUUAAAGAUACACAGUACACACUUUAUGAUAUCAUACUUUCUAGUGUGAAAUUACCUCAUAGUUCAGAAUAUUUAUUGUGAUAUAUCACCAUUAAGGUUUUAUCUAAUCUAAACCCGUCUGUAUACCAUAAAAUAGUGGAAGUUUUGUUAUAGCUACAUGUAUACUAAUUUAGGAAUUUUUGCAUUUUGCAAAUUCAGAGAAAAUUACGAUGGUUUGAUAAAUGUAUCUGAAAGCAUGAAAUGUAACAUUUCUGAUUUAGUCAUUACAAUAAUAUCCUCCAUUUGAUAAGUUAACCUUCAAAUUUCCACCAUAUAUUUUUGCAGAAAUAUAUUCUAAAAUUGAGAGAAUCGAUUCAUUAAAUUAAUUUUGAAACAAAGCUAAGAUGACUUAUCUUUGGAGCUCUUUAUAACAAGAUUCAACUGCAUGUAAACUCAUAUAAGAGAAAAAAAAUGGUGCUUUAGUUUAAUAUGGUUGAGUGGUUUUUGUCUAUCAUUCAUUUACCAUCAUUUCUGUGAUUCCUUAAGAAUUCCUAGAUUUAGAUAUUAUUUAGAACUUUCCGAACCAUGUGGGAAAUAAAACAUUUUUAAAAUAUCAAA